AACUGUGUGGAAUAGACUCCUAGGAAAUAUGGUAGGAACAUUGAAACUAUGCUCUAGAGAGCCCUUCUGCAGUGAUGGUUAGGGCUUGGGGGAGGGAGAUGUAAUGGAUUUUGUUGAAUGUGACUUUUUCAGCUAAAAUGUGAGUGUUUUGAAGCCUGAAGUAUGUUGUACAGCUGGGGUGGUAUCUACUGGCCAACAAAAGGUUUGCUAGAAAACCUUUGCUCUUGGAUGCGAAGGCGGAGAGCUAUGCGAGUAUCCAGAGAGAGGAGAGCUGGGUUUUCUGUGUCUAAGUUGUUUCCUGUGGUAAAUGAUCAGCCAAUGUGUAAACACAUGGAUUUCCAGCGCGGUGGUGGGAUCCCUAGCCCAGCCCCUGGGGCACAGCCCUUGGCAUUCCUCACUGACUGGCCCUAGACUCGUCUCUGUGACUGUAGAAUGUGAGCACCUCCUUUGGGGGUUAAAACCCCAGGGAGUCAGGCCUCAUAGCCCUUCUGUGGGUGUCCAUGUUCUAGCUUCACUGUACAGAGGUGGAAUUUUGAGAUGAAAAGUUAGGCAGCAAGACCACACAAAGUGGCAAACGCAAGCCUAGAACCCACGUUGAAUUAGCACCACGUUCUGUGCUGUCUUUCUUGCAUUUGGCUCUCGGGAAGGGGUAGAAGGUGUGCCUUGCACACCGUAACAUGCUGGGGCAAGAACUUUGCAACGGCAAGGGGGGGAUCCCUACUCCGUUCCCAGGGUUGGCUUCUGGUUAGGCAGCAGUGGGGGGAUGGGUUUUGUAGUGCAUGUCCUUCAUUUCUUGGCUUGGAGUCUCCAACUUUCCUGCGUGCCAAGUGUGGCUAAGAUUCAUCAGGGUGGAGUCACUUUUGCUUGUUCUCAUGAGUUCGGUCUUGGUGCACGGAGCAAGAGCUGAGCGUUUAAAGCCUCUCUCACAGGCAGCGGGGAUUGCGCUAACAGCGGGACGCUCGUGGGUAUGUUGUGCCUUCGCUCCGAGCAGGUAGCGGCAAGCAGACUUCAAUAUAUUUUCCAUCUUAGUCACUGAUUGCCAGGAAAGUGAACCAGCUCACGCGCUGAGAAACUUCAUUCUCCAGUGUCUCAAGAGCUCCUCCGCAGAACCAGUAAUGAUGAAUGGUUCCAAUGUUGCCAAUACGACGACGUCCAAUGCUAAAUCUAAAGAUGAGCAGGUAGUGAACGGGCACGAUGAGAAGGAGAACAACCCUUUCGCGGAGUACAUGUGGAUGGAGAACGAAGAGGAUUUCAACAGACAGGUGGAGGAGGAGCUGCAGGAGCAGGACUUCCUUGACCGCUGUUUCCAGGAGAUGCUGGAUGAAGAGGACCAGGACUGGUUCAUUCCAUCACGCGACCUGCCCCAGGGCAUCGGGCAGCUGCAGCAGCAGCUGAAUGGCCUCUCGGUGGGCGACAGUUGCAGUUCAGAGGAUAUUUUGAGUAAAAGCAACUUGAACCCUGACGCCAAGGAGUUUGUUCCUGGAGUGAAGUACUGAACCUUCAGGCAAACGGACUGUGUCCCUGGCUUUUGGAGUGGGAGCGGGGGGUGGGAAAGGAUCCGGAUGAGAGUUGAACUCGGCACUGUGAAUGGAGUCGCCGCGAUGCAGGGAAGUCUUGCUCUAUAAGCUUCUCGGGUACCUUUUUAUUUUUCCUUUAUAGCAUCUCUUGUUUGGGCAGGCGGCUUUCUGGGACUUCCAGCCCUGCGGGCUUAUCUCGCGACUGCUACUCCAUUGAUGGCCAAGUCCAGGUGUGUGCUUCGAACCAGCUAACAGAGGCCAUUUUUGAAAGCAGGUUCCCUGCUCUCCUUCCCAUCCGCAGCGGGCGAGGAAGUGCUGUGGGGAAGGGUGGGGCUUGGGGAAGGAUCUGGAUUGGGUGCGCUUCCGAUUUCCGUUCAGCAGGGAUUUUAGAAAAGCCGAAGCGUAAUGAGGCUGCGACUCGAAAUCCUUCCAGCCUGCUGGAUUUCCCAGCUCUCCUCUGGAAACACGACGAACGCCCUUCCUCUGCAUGCACCGACCACUGGACUGGGUAACUCUCCGCAGAUUGAGAGGAGCCCGGCCUGCGUUUCUUGUAGGUGGAAGUUCUCAGGCCAGGGAGAUCAGAUCAGCAAGAGGCCAAGUCACCACCGGGGAAAUGGCUCCUUCUGCAGAAUGUCCAUUCGCCUUGGCUAUUUGUUUCUGGCUCUUGACCUUAUUCAGCACUGCAGGCUGCCGCUCUGAAACCUCCAGCAUCUGCCGUUUACAAAUCACUAGGCAAAGUGACCCACCUCUUGACUUAAACAAAAAACAAACCCAAAGGGAACUAAAUGCUCGCACUCCCUGGCAUGCUGUGGAGAGAUGUGUUCCAGCUCACACGGCAAACCCUGCUUAGAGAGAAUGAUCCAGCCACGUCUAGUGCGCUCCUUAUGGGCCCCAUCCUGCAAGGUGCUGUGCUCCCCUUGGAAGAAGAUGCUCAGCAGCUUGUAAGAUCAGGCCCUGGCUAUUUGGAGUGUGGUCUGUCUGCUCCCUGGGCAUUCACAAGUGUCUCAUGAGAAUGCUGCCAUGGGUUGAGAGAAGCAUUGGGGCUGCUGGUCAUCACCUUCCCCGGGCACGGAGGGGCCUGGCUUGAUGUCCUGACUUGUGCCCCACAAUUUGCCUCUUGCUGUGUAAGAUGCUUUGUGGGUCUGGAGGCAAAUUUGGCUUCUGAUAACGAAUGCUUUGAGCUGAUGAGAAUUGUUGGCAAACAAAUCAGAGCCCCAGAGACCUGUGGGAACCAGCUGGGAGCAGGAGAUGCUGCCCAUGUUGUCAACCAGUGUUUUUUGAAUGGUCCCAUGGUUUGGGAUUUAACCCUUAUGGGCUUGUCUCAGCAGUGGCACGGUCCCCAUAGAACUUAGGCCUCCAGGUAUUUAGAGAUUAAAAGCAUCUUGGGUUGCAGGAGUUGGUCACUUCUGAAGCCUGCCGAGCCAUGGUUAGACACUGGUCUGGGAAACACAGGAACUUCCUAUAACAGGAAGGGAUUUCCAUCCUCAGACUAGUCCGGGGGAGUGGGAAGAGCAAGUCCUCUGGGAGCUGUCAGAUGGCCUUGCUGGGGCUGUACAGAAGGCUGGGGAACCUUCAGCGUAAAGGUGAGGGAGCAGCUUUUAGGAGGCAGUGCCUGCCACCUAGCCCUUGGGCUGCCAGAGGGCCUGCAGGAUCAAGCUCUCUAGAGAAGCAGUUACCAGGAAUUUUAACAGGAGCUGGUAAACCGCAGGCCCAGCUCCAUUUGGAACAGACACGCUCACAGCUUCCCUCUCCUCUGUUCCAAGCCGGAGCCAUCUUCUCUUGCAGCAGGAGGCCCCGCGGGAUCCAGGCUUUAGCUUCCCCACGCAGAGCCCCAGCCUCUUUGGAUUUUAAACCAUCUUCUGGGAGGUUGAUGGCUUCCUCCUUCUGGGAACCAAGCUCAGCAACCUCUGCGCCAGGUGGAACCAGCGGUCUCUCAGUGAGGUUGCCUAGGACGGCACUCGCUUUUUUUUAUUACAUCUGGCCUUGGUGAAGUGGACUGGGAUUCUCUGCUCUGUCCAUGUACAACACAGGCCACAAACUCCCAUCUUCAGAAUGUCACCAGGUUUUUAAUCUCCCCUCCUUGCUGCAACUUUUUAUAUCGUCCCUUCAAACUUUUUUUCAGUAGAUUGGCAAUGGGGAUUCUGGAGUCCUUUCGGAUCUCACCUGGGCUGGUAAGAUGGAAAUUAAUUACAUGAGAAGGCUGCUACUGGCCUGUGUGAAAUGAGUGAGGUUCUCAGGCCAGUUCCCACUAGCCUGGCAAACCCCAUCACGCCAGCUGGCUCCGGUGUUGGCUGGCUCCAGUGUUGGCAAGCUCAAAAGAAGGAUCCAUGGAGCAUGACUUCCCCUUGGGGCAUAGUCAAAGCACAUGGCAUUGUAGCUCUCUGUAUGGGACCUGCUUUGAGAUUAAACUGAGAAAUCCAGUCUCCGUGGCUGUCAGGCUGAUGCCUUCAACCAGCACUAAACUCCCUUGCAAACUUCACCCAGGAUCAGAAGUGGCUCAGACUGGAGUCUCACUGAAGUCUGCAGGUACCUAUAUGAAUUUUGCUGCACAAUGGCAGGGUUGGGCCUGGUUGUGUUAUGUUAUCCUGUUCUUGGGUACAACCGUUGCCUUCAGUGCCUACUUUCUGUUGCCCCCUCUAAAAGGGGUUUUUCCAUUAUCUGGAGCCAGAGCACCUGCCUGGCUACGUAUCUAGCGAUGGAUGGACUAUGGCACAGGAACAAAAAUAUUCAAACUCCAGCUGCCCUUUGGAACAGCCCAGUCUGCUGGGUCAGUGUGGAUUCCACUGCCAUGAGAGAUUAAUGCCCUCAUGACUGCAGGAGUGGUAAGGGUGGGCAUACAGGUCAAACUUCUUUUGUAUCACUGGUUAAGUUCUCAAUUUCCCCCCGCCACCCUGCUCUGGCUUCUUUCUGACUUUUUUGAAAACACUUUCUGAUGACGUGCUGUACAUUUUUAAGAUAAUGCAUUAUUAAAAAUAAACCUUUUGGAGUUGUGCA